AUGAGACUUUCUCCCGCUGUCGUUGCCCUUGCCCAGGUGGCAUCGGCCCACUACUUCUUCGAUUCCGUCGUCCAAAAUGGUGUUGCAGGGACUUCCUUCCAGUACAUCCGAGACUUCACUCGUGCUACCAAGUACAACCCUAUCAAAUUCUCAGAAAACCCCGCCGCCGACAUUCGUGAUGGCUCUUACAUCGACGGCCCUGACAGCAGAUGCAAUCAGGGAGCCUUCACCAACGCCGCCAAGACAGACGUCCUUGAGGUCUCCGCGGGGAGCGAUGUGACUGUGCAGCUUGGUGUCGGCGCCACCAUGCAACAUCCGGGACCCGCCUUGUACUACAUGUCCAAAGCCCCUGGUGGCGAUGUCAAGACCUACGAUGGCUCCGGCGACUGGUUCAAGAUUGGCGAGACGGGCGUUUGCAACGAAGGUGGCGACUUCACCAAAGACGCAUGGUGCACCUGGGACAAGAAUUCCCUUACCGCCACGAUUCCCAGCGACACUCCCUCGGGCGAGUACCUCCUGCGCUUUGAGCAUAUUGGAAUACACAAGUCUUUUAUGAACGAGCCUGAGCACUUCGUGUCUUGUGUUCAGGUCAAGGUUACUGGGGGCGGCAGCGGCACUCCUGGCCCGUUGGUGCAGUUUCCGGGUGCAUAUAAGUACACCGACCCCUACGUGAGCUUCAGCAUCUACAAUGGCUUCAAAGCCCUCACCAUGCCUGGCCCUUCUGCGUGGACCGGCGGAUCGAGCAGUGCCAAUAGCGUAUCGAGCGAUGCCAACAGUACUGUGGCUGAGGUCUCGAAGGCUAAGAAUCAAGCGCAAACGACCUUGUCAACCAUUACUCGUUCUGCCCCCGCCGGCGCAAAGCCUACUGCCCCAUGCGCUUCCAAGAAGGCUGGCUACUGA